UAGUAUUCUAAAAAUGUUUUAUAAUUUGAAAGUUUGAAACGAGAAUCAAGACAGAAAGCAAUAGAAUAAAUAGGCGGAAUGUAGGCAUAAUAUUUUAACAACUUUUCUUUCAUGUGUGGCAUCCCUUGUGCUCAUGCAAUUUGUGCAAUCUAUGACAAAGAGGAGGAAGCUGAGUCAUAUGUAGAUUGGUGCUACAGUAAGGAGGUAUACAAGAAAACGUACUCAUACACAUUGCAUCCAAUAAAUGGGGAGUUGUUAUGGCCAAGAACUCAAUUUGAAGAGAUAUUACCUCCUUUGCCUAAGAAAAUGAGUGGCAGACCUAAGAAAAAGCGAGUAAGCGAAGAAACAGAGCCACGUCCACCUACUGGCUCACAACUACCAAGAAUAGGACGCAUCAUGACAUGUUCAAAAUGCAAAGGAGAAGGACAUAAUAUGAAAUCUUGCACAGCAACAGAUGGGGUAGGUAUGGAGGCAACUCCUAGCACAUCAACUCCUGCAGGUGCUGGUAUUGUGGGUGCAGGUGCAACAGGAAGAAGGCCUAGAGGAUGCAGGGGUAAGAAGGGGAAUAGUAGAAGCAGAGAGCAAUCUGGCUUUGGAGUUUUUUUUAUGAAGCUACGGGUGAAACCAUAUUGGAACCUGGCCAGCCUGGAGAGACUCUGCUUGGAUGAAGGAAGAAGGGUGUUGUGUGAAGA